CUCUUGUGGAGUCAAUCCCGCGACGAGGCCACGAGGGGACCGAAAUGGCCUCGUCGUCCUCCUCUGACUCCGGCCGCAACGCCGGAACCCUAGCCUCGCGUACGAGCUCGGCCUUAGCGGCGGCGUCGCUAAUCCCGGGGCUCCCGGACGACGUUGCGACUGUCAUCCUUUGCCUGCUCACCUUCCCCGACCAGUCCCGCCUCCGCGCCACCUCGCGCGCGUGGUGCUUGCUCCUCUCCGCGGCCACGCUCCUCCCGCUCCGCCGUAGCCUCCGCCUCCCGCGCCGCCACCUUCUCUGCCUCUUCCCCACCGACCCCUCCCUCGCCUCCCCGAUCCUGCUCGACCCCGCCGCGCCCACCGCCUGGUGGCCUCUCCCGCCGCUCCCCUGCUCUCCGCAGCUCUACGGGCUCGCUAACUUUGCCGCAAUCGCCGUUGGCCGCCACCUCUACGUCCUCGGCGGAUCUUGCUUCGACGCCCGCAGCUACCCUUUGGGGCAACCCUCCGCCUCGGCCGCGGUCUACCGGCUCGACCUUGCCAAUUCUCGACAUUGCUGGGAACGCCUUCCCGACAUGCAGCUCCCACGGGGGAGCUUCGCGUGUGCCCACACGCCCAGUGCUGGCGGGCUCCUCGUCGCCGGUGGUGGGUCCCGACACCCCAUGUUCCCCUCCAACGGCAGCCGCACCGACAGCACCGAGUGGUAUGAUGCCACUGCGCAGUCGUGGCACGUUGGUGCCUCGAUGCCUCGUGAUCGGGCUGGGUGCGUGGGGUUCCUGGCACGCGGAGCAGGGGACGGUGGUGAGGAUGAGUUCUGGGUGAUGGGUGGAUACGACGGGUACACCACGUUGGGAGGCGUGGUGCCAAAUGAUGUGUACUGCCGGGAUGCGGUGGCGCUUGGACUAUGGAGUGGUAAGUGGAGGAUGAUUGGAGACAUGUGGGAGGAAGGGGAGAGGAGGCGUCUUGGCCCCAUUGCAUCUGUAUCUGCAGAUGAUGGAAGAAUUACCGAGGUGUUCAUGCUAGACGACAAUAAUGUCUUCAGGAUCGAUUUUCUACACCUAUGCCAGCUACUUCGAAUGGCACCUCGGGCCGACCCUUUACUGCCCGGCCGGUCUUCGACGAUAGCUAUGGCACAGUCUAGUUCUCCAGGCACCUGCGCCUGUCACUAUCGACCCUCGCCAGCGGCUGGACCAGCACGUACCGGCUCCUCACUGGCUGCUGCUGGUGUUCUACCACGCCAGGCCAGCAUCCUGCCGACCGUCGAUCAUCCAUCAGUACAGUUGGCAUCCUCGUCUUGUGCAAGCAUCGGCUGCACCUGCUGCACUGUUGGAGUUGCUCAACGCUCCACCGGUCAUGGCCUCUCCACCGUCACUAGAGCCGAUCGCCACUUCUUCACGCCUCGUGAUGCGGCAACAGAUUGGCACACUUCCACCUCCGCUGCAGCGUUUGACUUACUCCACCAUGCACGCUUCACCAAUUCCUGCCAACUAUCACAACGCGCUUGCUGAUCCUAAUUGGCGUGCUGCGAUGGUGGAUGAGUACAAGGCACUAGUUGCUAAUGGCACCUGGCGUCUUGUUCCUCGACCGCCUCGUGCCAACGUCGCCUUCGGCAAGUGGAUUUUCAAGCAUAAACACCACUCCAACGGCUCUCUUGCUCGCCACAAAGCUCGAUGGGUUGUUCGCGGGUUUUCUUAGUGGUAUGGCGUUCAUGAUGAGACCUUCAGUCCGAUGUUAAACCAGCAACGAUUCGAGUUGUUCUCAGCAUUACUGCCUCUCGUGCCUGGCCAAUUCAUCAGUUGGAUGUCAAGAAUGUGUUUCUUCAUGGUCAUCUGAAUGAGUUUACUGCCAGUAGGUUUCGUCGAUCCGACUGCACCGAAUCAUGUCUGCUUGCUCUAGAAAUCUUUGUAUGGGCUCAAGCAAACACCCUGUGCAUGGCACCAGCGCUUCACCACCUUCAUUCGAACCUUGGGCUUUGUUGCUUUAGUGUCAGAUUCAUUCCUUUGUGUACAAGGAGGGAACCAGUGUUGCUUACCUAUUGCUCUACGUCGAUGAUAUUGUUCUCAUAGCAUCCUCGAUAGCUCUUCUUUAGCAGCUGAGCGCCUUCACUCAGAAUUUGCCAUGACGAAUCUCGAGGAUCUUCAUCACUUGCUUGGGAUUUCUGUCACUCGCUCCGCUGAUGGCUUCUUUCUAUCUCACUGCCAGUACAUAGUGGACCUCCUACAGCGUGCCGGUAUGGUUGAGUGUCACUCUACAACUACUCCAGUGGAUGCCCGUACGAAGCUCUCAGCUACCGAUGGUUCACUUGUUGCGGAUCCAACACAGUAUCGUAGUCUUUCCGGUGCUCUCCAGUAUGUCACCCUAACUCGUCCUGACAUUGUCCAACAGGUCUAUCUUUUCAUGCAUGAUCCACACAAGCCUCAUCUUGCCCUGCUCAAAUGGAUUUUUGCGAUGUCAAGGCCACCAUAUCCGUUGGUCUUCAUCUCAGUGCUGGAUUAAUUGAUACUCUCACUGCUUACUCGGAUGCCAAUUGGGUUGGCUGUCCUGAUUCUCAACGGUCUAUGUCGGGCUACUGUGUUUAUCUUGGCGAUAAUCUGGUGUCCUGGUGCUCCAAAUGGUAGACUACUGUCUCCCGUUCUAGCGCACAAGCAGAAUACCGGGUUGUGGCACAUCAUGUUGCUGAGACAUGUUGGCUUCGUCAUCUACUUUAGGAGCUUCAUACUCUUACUUCGGUGACGAUUGUUUACCGUGACAAUGUCAGAGCAAUUUAUAUGACGGGUAACCCUGUUCAUCAUCGGCGUACGAAGCAUAUUGAAAUUGACAUUCACUUUGUUCGCGACAAGGUUGCUCUGGGAUAGGUUCGGGUGCUCCAUGUCUCGUCAUCGCACUAGUUUGUGGACAUCAUGACCAAAGGGCUGCCUGUACAGUUGUUUACUGAAUUUAGGUCCAGUCUUUGCGUCUGAGACUCUCCCGCUGUGACUGCGGGCGGGUAUUAGAGAUAUACAUAGAUAUAUACAUAGAUAUGUAUAGGCUGAUUUGUAUUGUACGUAAUAUACUUGUACUCCAAGCCUAUUCGGCUAUAUAUAUGAAAGGCCACUCCCCUCAUUGGGUGUGCAGUGCAUUGUCCCUAUCGUUACCUGUCUACACAAGGGCAUCACCAUGGAUUCGGAGAAGGUGGCUGCGUGGAGGCUUGGCCACACCCAUGCACAACACGUGCCCUGCUAGUUUCCUGGGUCUUAUUGGGUAUUAUCAGAAGUUCAUCGUUGGCUAGGUGGCGUGGCCGACCCAUUGAUGACAUUCCUCAGAGGCCUUCUCAUGGUCAGUGGAGGACGUCGCAACCUUCAUGGCCCUCAAGCAAGAGCUGAUGUUCCCUUCCUGUAGCUGUCCGACUUUGACAGACGUCGGGAUGAGGACACCGUGGCUGUGCAUGCGCUUCCGGGGCCGCACUUAGCAUCUUUGACACCCUGUGAGCUAAACUUUAGUCGGAUCUACAGGCCUAAGACCUCUGGAGGUAGCUGGCCGUGGGCACGACCCCGACCAGUUGUCCCUGGUCGAUGGUCUGUUGCUCUUCCAGGGCUGUGUCCUUGUCCCCGUCUCCUCUACCCUAUGGUGCAAUACCUAUGAGGUCGGCCAUGAGGGGACCUAGAAGACACUUCAUCACAUGCGUGCCUCCUUCGACAAUGCCCAUGCCCAUUGGCUAGCGCACAACAUCAUCCGCGGCUGUGUGGUUUGCCAGCGCAUCAAGACGGAGCAUUUCCAUCUGGUAGGUCUUCUGCUGGAGUGACAUCACUAUGCAUUUGUCAAGGGGUUUCCUUGGGUGGGCAACAAGUCAGUCAUUCUCAGAGUCAUGGAUUGCUUCUCUAUGGUCCGCUUCUCCAUGCUGGCGCACUUGAUCGCCUUGAGCCACCCCUUCUCCGCCUGCUCUGUUACAUGUUCCUUCUUUGACAACAUCAUGUGGCUCCACGACAUCCCUUGCUCAAUUGUGAGUGACCAUGACCCAGUCUUCACCGACUUCUAGGAGGUGUUCACGCUAGUGGGGGUCCAGCUCUUGCUACUCAGGCUUCCAUCCUCAGAUGGACAGACAGUUGGAGGUGACCAAUCGCAUCAUUGUCAUGUACCUGCAGUGCUUGGUCGUUGAUCGGCCGCGUUCCUAGCCAUGAUGAGUUCCUUGCUGACGCCUUGUUUAGUUCGCGAAAUUUUUUUGGCUUUGGCUACUGUAGCACUUUCGUUUGUAUUUGACAAUUAUUGUCCAAUUAUGGACUAACUAAUCUCAAAAAAUCCGUCUCACAAAUU